UGUGUGUGUAUGUGUGUAUGUGUGUGUGUGUGAUCAUAGAGAGGAACAGUGUUUGGUGAUCGCUAUAUAAACCGCGCCGCGUCUCUUCUGGGUCACUUUGCGCACUCGAGCCAUCGCAAGCGGAGCCACUUCAAGCCGAUUAUACUGUGACAAUGGCUCACGAAUGGGGAUACGGAGCGAAUAACGGUCCAGACACAUGGCAUGAGAAGUUUCCGAUAGCUAACGGACCCCGCCAGUCUCCUAUUGACAUUGUGUCUAGUGAGGCUCAGUAUGACCCUGAGCUCAAGCCACUCACACUGCGUUAUGAUCCAUCAGUCUCACUGGACAUCAUCAACAAUGGCCACUCCGUGCAGGUCACUUUCGAAGAUGAUGAGGACAAAUCAACUCUGACAGGGGGCCCCAUAACCGGAACCUACAGACUUAAACAGUUCCAUUUUCACUGGGGAUCUAGUGAUGAUAAAGGCUCAGAGCAUACAGUUAAUGGAAAAUUGUACCCUGCUGAGCUUCAUCUAGUUCACUGGAACACUAAAUAUUCCAACUUUGGGAACGCUGCUAGCAAGUCUGAUGGCCUUGCUGUGGUUGGAGUCUUCUUGGAGAUUGGUAAUGAAAACCCUCAACUUUCUAAGCUUCUUGAUGCAAUGGAGACCAUUAAAGCAAAGGCAACACAGACUUCAUUUGCAAACUUUGACCCCACUUUGCUGUUGCCUAGCACACUGGACUAUUGGACAUACGAUGGCUCUUUGACCACACCUCCACUGCUCGAGAGUGUUACAUGGAUUGUAUGCAAGAAGUCAAUCAGUGUUAGCUCUGCACAGAUGGAGAAAUUCCGUGGGCUGCUCUUCUCCUUGGAGGGGGAGCCGAAGUGCAAUAUGGUGGAUAACUAUCGCCCACCUCAGCCUCUGAAAGAUCGGAAAGUCCGCACAUCUUUGUAGUAAUCUGUUCCUCUUAACACUGCCCCUGUUUUUCCAUUGGAAUGUUUCCCUGUCAUCUGGCAAGAGCACUAUUGAGUCUUUGCUUUUUUGCGCUACACUUUUUACAUAUAGUCAAAAGAAGAUUAAUUUACUUCUGUACUUUGUGGGUAUAGUGCCUGGCCCAUCAUAAUCAAGAUUCACCAAAACAUACAUACAAGCAAACCAAAAGUCCAACUCUAUUCUGCAGGAAUAUAUUAGAAAAGCCCUUUUUUACAUGAAGUUGGCUAUCGGUCAUAAAUACCACCAGUAAUCUAUUUCAGCCUGCAUCAAGAUCAUGGCAGCUCAGCAAAACCCACCACAAGAUCCCUAAAACGUUCUUUUUCACAGAUAUAACACUAUGCAAGGCUUUAGAUCAUGAAUUGUUCUAAGGAAAUGACCGUUCCAGGUUUCUUGGAGAACUUCAUAUAGUUCUUCUUCCUCUUGGUCGAUAAGGAUGAAUCCUAAUUUCUGUUUCUACUACAACUAAUAGAGCAGAAAAAAAGAGAUAAAAUAUAUGCAGAGUACUGUAUGUGUGUAAUGGCAUCAUACCUACACUAACACACACACACACACACACACACACACACACACACACACACUUAACAGCUCCCUCAGAGGAGCAGUGUGCUGGUUAAUGCUUGAGUAUCCUUUCGAAUGUGAUGUCUGGAACAGCUUAGAACUGUGAGCUGUUCUGUAAGAGUGCACAUGUAGUGCAUGUUGAUAUCUAAUAAACACAUAGUUGCUGCUGAAUUGUCCUUAAAAUAAGGGCUUAUGCAAUAUAUACAGUACACACUAUUUUCCUACAGAUCAGUCAGCUCACUAAAACAUGCUAAUUCAGCAAAAUCUUAGGUUUUUCAGGUUUCCUUCCUUUUCUCACUUUGACAUGAAAUCACGGGACCAGACAAUUUGUGUUGAUUAGUUAAAAGUGUCAGAUGUGUUGAUUGUAUUAGAUUUGAAAUGUAUGUAAUAUACUGCUAUAAGAAAUUUUAGGACUACAUUAUGCUAAUGCUAAAUUAGUAGAAGAGUUUAAUUAAAUACGCUAUGCAUAACAUAAUUAUAUGUUUUAAUGUCAACUUUUGUGCAAUAAAUAAGACAGCUAAUAAAAAAACCAAAUAACUUGUCAUAUUAAA